AAGGUUUGAAGAUUAUUAUUUAUUUUUUUCCCAAUUCUUCGAUUGUUUUGUAAAUUUUGAUUUUAGAAACGUGGGAUUUAUGCAGAGGAAUAAUGGAUGGGAAUUUGGUGCAAAUGUUUGUGGUUUUUAUUAUAAUGAUUUUGGUGCGAUCAGCUGAAAGCUUAUUUGUUGAAAUUACUAUUCUACCAAGUGCUGUGGCCAAAGGAGCAGUUUGUUUGGAUGGAAGCCCGCCGGCAUAUAAUUUCGACAAGGGAUUUGGAUCUGGAAUCAAUAAUUGGCUUGUUGAUAUUGAGGGAGGAGGGUGGUGCCAUAAUCUCACGAGUUGCUUGCAACGAAAGAACACUCGAUUGGGUUCAUCGAAUCUAAUGGAUAAACAACGUGCAUUUUCUGCGAUUCUUAGCAAUGAACAACAAUUUAAUCCUGACUUCUACAAUUGGAAUAGAGUAAGUGUUCGAUAUUGUGAUGGAUCAUCGUUCACCGGUGACAUAGAAGCCGUCGAUCCUAAAACUAAUCUUCAUUACAGAGGGGCGAGAGUUUUUGUUGCUAUCGUGGAAGAUUUAAUGGCAAAGGGAAUGAAAAAUGCCCAAAAUGUGAUUCUAUCGGGAUGUUCAGCUGGGGGAUUGACAUCGAUGCUUCAUUGUGAUUAUUUCAAAUCUCUUUUUCCUGCAAGGACUAAAGUAAAGUGUUUUUCCGAUGCUGGUUUUUUCAUUAAUGCGAAAGACAUCUCCGGAGGUCCCCAUAUCGAAAGAUACUUCAAUGAUGUCGUUACGACUCAUGGAUCGGCCAAAAAUUUGCCUAAGUCAUGCACCUCAAAAUUGAACCCAAGUCUGUGCUUCUUCCCACAAAACUUCGCCGGAGGAAUUCAGACGCCUCUUUUCAUUAUAAAUGCCGCGUACGAUUCAUGGCAGGUGAGGAAUAUCUUGGCACCCGGUGAUGUAGAUCCACGGGGUACUUGGCAAGCUUGUAGGGAUGAUAUUACCAAAUGUUCGCCGGCUCAGCUACAGACAUUGCAAGGAUAUAGAAGGGAGUUUAUAAAUGCAUUGAAUGGAUUAGGGCGAUCUAUGUCGCGAGGUUACUUCAUCAAUUCUUGUUAUACCCAUUGUCAAUCUGUCUUUCAAGAUACUUGGUUUUCCGGCAAUUCUUCCUCUUUAGAUGGCAAGACAAUUGCCAAAGCGGCCGCGGACUGGUUCUAUGAUACAAGUCCAUUUCAAAAAAUUGAUUGUCCUUAUCCUUGUGAUAAAACCUGUCACAAUCGUAUUUAGUGAGGCCAAGUGUAAUCGACACAUAUGCAUGCCGAGAAAAUAAAUUGAUAUCAUUUCGAUCAAUUUGAAAG